AUGAAAGCCGAUACAUCAUUAUUAUGUACUUUUAGUGCAUUUAUAUAUUGUAUAAUCAAUCCAGCGUAUGCUUCAAAUGAUGAAAGAUAUGGAGUUAAUAUAUCUGAUCCUUUUAAAUUCACAUCUCAAAGGAGUCAAGGAUCGUUUGAUGGAAUAUCUCUUCAACGACCACAGUCUUAUAUGGAAAAAGUUAACGUAAGAAGUAUUUUGUCAAAAGCCUUAAGUAACAACUUAUAUCGUCAAACAUUUUUGGAAGCUAUGCCAAUGCUAAGUGAACUUACUCCAGAGCAAUCAUUAGGACUAUCGGAACUUAUAUCUUCAAGAAUAAGUUCAAAAUCCGUCAACGAAGAAGAAAUUCAAAAGAUUUCAAAAAUAUUUGGUAGAAAAAAGUCACAGAUUCUCAAACUUGUCGAUGACCUAGCAACUUUUGUUCGAAGCUCAGCACAUAAAUUGAAUGGACUUGAGUCAAAUGGUGGUCUUUUAGAAACUCAAUCAAAUAGACGAUCAACUCAACUAACAUCUAGUGAAUUGAAAAUUGAAAGAGGGAAUAAAGGUAUUGAAGAAGAAUUUAUCGACCCUCGAACUAUCAAUGAGCAACUUUUGGAAGGUUUUAAAUAUCAAUCUUUUGAGACUGAAUCAAAGGAUCGUCACAAACGGGCGGUAACUCAACUUCUUCAUAAACUUAUCCGGAUACCUCCCACAAAUUCAACAAUUGAAGAAAUACCUUCACAAAAAUAUCAGAGUUCUGAAUUGAAAUUAAAUACAAGCAGUUUUGUAGGACCAAGUUCGGUUACGGAAACAAGUCUAGACAAUUCAGAAAAUAGCACAACUUUGACAUAUGAACAAAUUGAAGAUCUGGCAUUUGCUGAUUUGAAUGGAACUGAAAUUGAAUUGCAUGGAAAUUCUACUGAUGGGAAUGAACAGUUGCCAAAUCCAGAAGAGUUGGUUGGUAAUCCUCGAUAUCGAAUUUCUGCAAAGCAUCGCAUCAAUUAUUUGAAAGGAGAUACUAAACGGAAGCGUAUACCAGUUCGGUCUCAUCAAAUUAAAUUACUUCAGAAGCAAUGUGAACGUUUUACAGCAUCGAUGUGUAUCAAAGCUGAUGAUUAUCCUUUGGAACAGAUUAUGGGAAGUAUCCGAAGACAUAAAAAUGCCAUGUCAGCACUGUUAGCAGAGUAUCGUGACAAAACAGCAGAACUUGAAUAUCAGGAACAAUUGGAAGAAUACCAAUUCAACAGCAAAAGAAGAGAAGAUGGAAGUGUCAUAACUCCAGGAGGAAUGUGUGCCAGUGUUGUAAGAUACGCUCGUCCACAGAAAGCUCGAUCAGCAUCAGGUGAAUGGAAGUAUAUUGUCAAUACUGGAAAACAUACACAAACUUUGAGGCUUGAGAAAUGCAGUACUCCUCAAGAAAGUUGUUCAUAUUUGUCUCACAACUAUCGCUCACGAUGUACUCAAGUUUACAACUACCAUAGACUCUUGAGUUGGGAUAAGACAAGAGGACUUCAUGUUGAUAUAUUCAAAGUUCCAAGCUGUUGUUCCUGCCAAGUCGAUGGUUACAGAGAAACCUUUCCCCCACUUGGAGGCACAAAACACAAAGAUUAUACACCAGUUCCUGACAAUAAUCCCUACAUCAGCAUAAACGACGAGAUUGACUACGAAGAUGAAGACGAUGAAGAUCCGGCAAAUGCUUAUCACUUUGGAGGUGGUUACACCAAAAAUAAUUAUCAAAAUUCUGAGCUUCUCCUAGAAAGUCAAAAUAUCAAAACUAAAGUAAAUCAUCCGGUUCAUAACCCAACAGUUGGAUCUUAUCUUAGUCCUCCAUCAGAUAGCUACGAGUCGAAAACGGUCCCGAAGUUUGCUAGACCAACUUACUAUACACAAUCCAGUAAUUCACUAAGUGGAAGUGGAAGAAGUCGAAAACCAUACAAACACUAUAUACCAAAUGAGUCAAGGGUUGAUGUGGGUGUACAAAGUACAGAACAAUCAGAUCUUGAAAUAAAGACCUAUGCUAUAAAUGACAAUUCACGAGUACAUCAAAAACGUAAACGACUUUAUUCUGGAGCAGCGAAUGCUGAAAAUCCAUUUCAAUCAUCAGGACCAGUAUAUGCAUCAAGCUCCAUUUCCAGUUAUAUCACAUCUCCAGAACUAACAUCAACAACAUCUUCUCAUAAUAUUGACUUAAAUGCAAAUUUUAGAAAUUCAAAUAACCGAAAGGAAGUUCUCAAUGGAAAACGAAUAAAUUACAAUUAUCAUCCGAUUAUUGACUUUUUCGAAAGCCAUCAAAAGUCUGCAAAAGGUCAACAUGUAAUUCGAAAUACUGCAACAAAUUCCAUACCAAUAAGUAGUGCUGAAUCGAGUACAUCUAGAGAUCGAAGAAUUGGAUUCGGAAUGGAAGGAGCUGAAAGUAAUUGGCAUCCAGUUGUCGUUAAAAGUUAGAUUAUAAUGUCCUUUCGUUUUUUUAAAACAUUAUUUAUUAAUUUGUUUAGUUUUU